AUGAGAUGGUUCAUGCGCGAUUGUGCGAGUCUCGUUCUAAGCAGCCUUGUCCUGGGCGCAGCAUGUUCGCUUGAGGCCCGGCUGCCCACGAGGACGCCUUUCGCAGAUGACAGCCACAGUAACAACAACGGCAUGCUCCCCUAUCUUCAGCUUCAGCGCGAGACUUCGCCGCGGCCGACGGCGCCUCUUAAAGGGCCAGCGAUAGCGACAUUGGGACAUGGCCUUCUUCGACGAGACGUGAACGACACCGUCUGCGGCUACGUCGAUGGGAACUCCUCGGACCCCAUAGAAUGUUCCGAGGGAUAUUGCGCCUUGGACGACGCGCUGCUCGCCAUGGGAUGCUGCACGGGCUUCUCCGUCGACGCGGCGGCCGACAACGCGAUGACUCCUGACGGAUGCUGUUUCCAAACCGCCUGUGUCGACAUCUCGGCAUAUCAGGGGUAUUACUGUUCGGGCUCUACUGCGACUGAGUGCCUAGUGGGCGACGCGAUGCUUGGGCUGGUUCUGUUGAUGGGUUGCUUGGGUCUGGGUCUGGGUCUGGGUCUGGGUCGGAGCCUGGGUCGUGUCUUGUCUACAUCGCGCGUGGGGAGGUGA